UAAAUGCUCACGUUUUUAAAGCAUUAAUUUUGGUUGGUGUAACAAAGAAAAAAUUCACAAAAAUUUAAUUUCGAAAUCAAAUAAAAAAAAGUUGAAAAAGAGCAUACAGCAAUAGCAACAACAAAAUCAGCACACAUACACAAUUAAUUUCGUGUGGACUUUGGUAUUUUUUUUUAACUAUUGUAUCGAUGUGUGUAGUAGAAAUAUCUAGUGAAUAAAUACGAAAAAAAUUUGAAAACAACAAGCAGCCAGUGAGAGUUUGCUUAACACAAAAAACAACAACAAUACGAAAACGUUUCUUAUUUUUCGUUUUAUAAUUAUUUGCUCUCAACGCAGUCAAGUGUUUGUUAUUUCUCUCAGUGUAAGAGUAAGAAGAGUGCGAGUGUGCAGGUGUGUAAUGUAAGUUGGUCGUGUGCACACAAUUUACAAAUAAACAUACAAGCAAACGUGAAAAAGUGUUGUAAGCAAACGAAUAGUGCUACGCGUGCAAGUUACAACGUAAGAAUUUCUCUAAAAAUCCAUUAGAAAAAAAAACACCGACAAAUUACACCUGUCUUUAUAAUAAAUUAAAAGAAAGUUUAAACAAUUUUAUUAUACAUAAAAAAAAACAUUAUUAAAAAUCAGUGUAAAACCAAUAAAAAAAGCAUUUAAAUUUAAAAAAAUUAACAAAAAUUCCCACCUUUAAAAAAAAUUAAUCACAACCCCAUAAAAUCAAACGUGUUCAAUGUCUUAACAAAAUUACCGUAAUUACUAACUGUUGCUCUCCUCCUUUUACUCUCAAUUUUAACGGUUAAACUCUGAGCUGUAGUGUUAUUCCUUAAAACAAAAACAAAUUAAACAAAAUAAAAGGCAGCCAGACAUACAAACAUAAAUAUUGUUUGUCUCAGUUUCAUUUUUACUCUCCACAAAACAACAACCUGUUUGAGUGUAUAUUUCUUAAAUUGUUUUAUACUGUGUUUAAUAAUAAAUAAAAAAAAUAACAAAAUUUUAUAAAUUUUUUAAAAACAAACUUACUUAAAAACAAAAAAAAAACAUCAACAUUCCACCACAACAGCAAAUUGUCUUAAAAGCUUCAACGCUGCCGCCAACUAUUACAUCCUGUUCAUUAGCAACUCCUGCUAAAAUUAACAAACAAUCGUUCUUCUUAACAUCGUCAUCAUCAUCAUCACCCACUUUAUCGUCGUCGUCAUUGACGUUGAACCUUAGUGAUAUUUCGGGCCCACGCUAUAACAACAACAGCAACAUCAUUGAGAAGCAAACGAUUAUUAGCAGGCGUCAGAAAAUUGAAAACGAAAUUAUGGAACCGUAUUGGAGCGAAGCAAAUGGACAUGCUCCACACUCGGUGAAGUAUGAGAAUGAGGCAGCAGUAUCCAGUUUUCCUUAUUGUACAGAAUCUAGUUUAAAUUUUUCAACAAAUGCCACCGCCUACAGCGAGGAUGAUGCAGAAUAUGCCACCGGAAGACGUAAUAAAACCUCGAGGCAAGAUCCGUUGUCACAUCGUAUUAUUGAAAAGAGACGACGAGAUCGGAUGAAUUCAUGUUUGGCCGAUUUGUCACGCCUAAUCCCACCGCAAUAUCAACGUAAAGGGCGUGGUCGUAUUGAAAAAACUGAAAUCAUUGAAAUGGCCAUACGUCAUCUGAAACAUUUACAAAGUGAAUGUCUGCAGAAGGAUAAUGAAUAUCGUAUGGGCUACACAGACUGUAUGAAGGAGGCGGCAAAAUUUCUAUAUGAUAGUCAAAUGCAAGAAUUCUGCUACCGUUUAUUGGCCCGCCUCCAGGAGCAUUGUGAUGAGAUCAUGAAAAAUGAUUGUUUCCGUAAUCGUGGUGGUUGUCAUGCGUCCGAUAAUGUGAGUGCUUCUAGUGGUAGUCCACAUCAAACGUUUCAUCCGGUACCUCCCUUAUGCCAAUUACGUGAUAUGUUAGGCACUUCCGAUAUUGAGCACAGUAAUGAUCACAAUGAUGUAAAAGAUCUCAGUUUCCGCAAUCACAUUAAUCAAUUGCAGCGCAAUGUUAAUGUCACUCAAAUGGAUACUAAUGCCAAUGAUGGUCAUGGUAUCGCCAGUGUAACUAAUAAUACAAACAAUAACAUUUCUAGUAAUUCAACUACAACGGCUUCGGCAGUUACUGCUAAUAAUCCAACAAGUUCGUCGACAACGUCUGGUAAUUUGAGCGUUAGUUCAGCGGCACAGCAGCAACCACAACAACAGCCUCACCAAGCUCCCGUUAUUACCUCAACUGCUCCAGCUUCCCUGCAUCACCACACAGACUCCAGUAAUCAUGAUUUCGAUUCAUCCCGAGAGCCUAUACUACACACCGAUACUUCAAAUAUGCAUUCACCACCCCCGCGCGAUACACUACUCUCCAGCCAUCAUCAUCAUCACCUCAACAAUACACAUGCUCACUUGGGCCAUCACCAAGACAGCAUGCUGCAGGGACGUUUACGCAAUUACUCCGAGUCAUCGCAUGAUAUUGAGCACAACAAUAACUACAAGUACAAAAAUCACAUAAAGGAACGCUUUAAUCAUGAACUGCACGACGAGGAGACAUCCAGUGAACAUGGUCCUGCCCCGCCAUUAUUGCAAAGCGAAAAUUCCCACGCUCAUUCCGAACAUUCUAAGGAUGGCACUGAGCCUGAAAUUGCUCCCAUUAUUGCCAAAAAACGUAAAUUGGCUGAAGCUGCCAGCAGUCACAAUGACAGCACUACCGAUGAUGCUGAUGUACGUGUCGCUACCUCCUCAAGAACCAACAACAUUAACCUCUUGAAUUCAGUGACCAGAGAUGAGAAGCCCUUUGGACCUUUUAGUGAUAUUAAAACUGAGGCCUCCACCGGUCCACUGAUACAUAAUAAAACCCAUUUAAGUGCUCCCACCAGUACCACCGCCCCACUGCCGGCCCGUAGCUUUGCUGUGCCCAUAUUUGCUCUGCACAGCCAAGGCACCUAUUAUGUACCCCUUAACGUCGACUACAAUGUGCUGAUACCCUUCCUCAAUGGUGUCGAUUUAUUGGAAAAGAACUUUACCUCAAUGCCUGUGGUGCAUCCGAUUAAUAUUAAUGUAAACUUCAUGCCCACCACCUCGGCUUCUCUAUUGGCUGUGGCUGCAGCAGCAGUGGCGGCUGGCAAACAGCAACAACAACAGCAGCAAUCGACCACAGUACUAAAUGGUUCCGUGGCCACAGCAGCCGCUAAUGCAGUGGCUGCGGUAGCUAAAGCCAAAUUUGAAGCCAUAACAAAUGUUGCAAACGGUUGGUGAAUAAAAUAUUUAAAUGCAUUAUUUUUUGUUAUAGAAAAAAUAAAAAAAUCAUAACUCUAUAAAUUGAAUACGAAUUUCAAUUCAAUUUUAUUCAUGUUAUCUUUAAAAGAAGUCACACACACCACCACUACCACCACCAACAACAGUGGUGGGCAGCUUCCAAAUAAAAAUGCAAAUUGAAUUGAAAUUGAAAAAUCUACCACAACAAACUAAUAUUAUUAGUAAUACUAAUAGAAAAAAACAAGAUAAUGAAAUGGAACUACCUCAGAAUGCUGUGAAAAUAAUCAUAUAAUGGUUUUUUAUAGCUAGAAUCUAAAAGGAAGGUACAUAUUGUAUGUAUUUGAAACACACAAACAAACAAAUAAAAAAACUCUAAAAUAUUCAAUUGUAACUCCCUAUAAUAAUGAACGAUAAAUGCCAUUGCAAAAUCGCUUGAUAGACCAUAUUUUGCAAUUGUAGCAAAGUAUAAUGAACUGAUUUAAAAAAUAUUUUUAUCUCUUUGAAUAUUAUGGCUACAAAAGUUCUUUUCAAUCAUGUUUUUGAUGUGGUUCUACAAAAUACUUUUUAAAUAUAGUAGCCAUAUAAUUGAUUGAUUUCUGAUCCGUUCGAUUGAUUUUGAGAAAUUGGAUUUGUCCGUUAUGAACAAUAGAUACAUAUUUGUUCUUUAUGACAUGUUUAUAAACAUUGUUGCGGACACUUUGCUUUUUAACCCUCCGAUAAUCACGUACGUAGCGCAUGUAUCUGGCGAGAUACACUAUGUAUUUCAGUACAUUUAUAUGAAAAAUAUGCCAUUUUAGUAACAAUAUUACGAUAUCUAACAAUAUUUGUAGAGGGUACCUGGAGACUCAAACCCCUAACCAAAUUAGAAAUAUAUUAAAAUCACAGUUAAAUUCGUAAAAUAUCUGGCCAGAUACAUGUGCAUGACGGAGGGUUAAAGCUCAAAGUUGCAUUGUUAAUAAGACCUGGUCCACACUAGAAAACUUUUGUUGAAAAACUUUUUCUUAAAACUUUUUCUUAAUUUCCCUGGGAAACUUUUGUUUCAGAAACUACGUGUUAAUUGCUUUUUAUAACCAACACCACUUU